GUUUAUAAAAAAUAUUCUAAUUUUUAUGUAAAAUUCUUCACCGGAAAUUACCGAGUCGGUCCGCCAUUGUACAGAGAUGAUGCAAACAUGAUAGGAGGGUUAUUUAUUUAUAAUCACAAGGGGGAGGUCCUCAUCUCCCGAGUCUACAGAGAUGACAUUGGACGCAAUGCAGUUGAUGCAUUCCGUGUCAAUGUUAUCCAUGCACGGCAGCAAGUGCGUUCACCAGUCAACAAUAUAGCACGCACAAGCUUUUUUCAUAUAAAGCGCUCUAACAUUUGGGUAGCAGCGGUAACAAAGCAGAAUGUCAAUGCAGGCAUGGUGUUUGAAUUCCUCAACAAGAUUGUUGAAGUCAUGUCAUCUUACUUCGGAAAAGUCUCAGAAGAAAAUAUAAAAAAUAACUUUGUACUAAUUUAUGAAUUAUUAGAUGAAAUUUUAGACUUUGGAUAUCCCCAGAAUUCUGACACAGGAAUAUUAAAGACAUUUAUCACUCAACAGGGUGUCCGUUCACAAACUAAGGAAGAAACCAGUCAAAUCACGUCUCAGGUAACAGGCCAGAUUGGAUGGAGACGUGAAGGAAUAAAAUAUCGACGCAAUGAACUCUUCCUGGAUGUCCUGGAGAAUGUGAAUCUCCUCAUGUCUCCACAAGGCCAAGUCCUCAGUGCACACGUCGCAGGAAGAAUCAUGAUCAAAAGCUUCCUGAGUGGGAUGCCUGAGUGCAAAUUUGGCAUCAACGAUAAAGUAUCCAUGGAGAGCAAGGCAAAAGUUUCAAGUGAUCCUAGCAAGGGUAGUGGGAAGACAUCCAUUGCCAUAGAUGAUUGCCAGUUCCACCAGUGUGUCAAGCUCAGCAAGUUUGAGACAGAGCACAGCAUCAGCUUCAUUCCCCCUGAUGGUGAAUAUGAACUUAUGAGAUACAGAACAACUAAGGACAUAAGUCUACCCUUCCGUGUCAUCCCUCUGGUAAGAGAGAUUGGAAGACAAAAGAUGGAAGUCAAAGUUGUCGUGAAAUCUAACUUCAAACCCUCGCUGCUAGCACAAAGAGUAGAGGUGCGCAUUCCAACCCCGUUGAACACAAGUGGUGUCCAAGUGAUCUGUAUGAAGGGCAAGGCCAAGUACAAGGCCAGUGAGAAUGCAAUCGUAUGGAAGAUCAAACGUAUGGGAGGUAUGAAGGAAUGCCAACUCAGCGCUGAGAUUGAACUUCUUAACACAAAUGACAAGAAGAAAUGGACCAGGCCACCAAUAUCAAUGAACUUUGAGGUGCCAUUCGCUCCAUCAGGAUUCAAGGUUCGCUACCUGAAAGUGUUUGAGCCCAAACUUAAUUACAGUGACCAUGACGUAAUCAAGUGGGUGAGAUAUAUCGGCAAAUCAGGCCUCUAUGAGACUAGGUGUUAGAGCCAAUGAGGAACCAAGGAUUCAUCUCGUAAUGAACUCUCUAGAUCCUGUCCAUGAAGAACUAUACAAGACAACAUCAACAGCUGAACAAUAUGUGGAUAGCUCGAGUGAACAUACAGAAUUGUUAACGCUUGAUUGAGCAUUCAGAAUUGUUCAUAGUUCAUGAUAACAUACUGAAUUGUUCACGAAUGGAACAACAGAAGUUCAUAAGUUUGAAUCCUAGAAACCCUCUUCAUCCUGGUCAAAAUCGAAAUUGAUAAGAGGUGCAUCUGAGAUGAUGGGUAGUGAGUGGACUUAUGCAGUAGCAAAAUAUUACAGUAUGUUGUCACGUGAAUGAUAUAUCCAAUGUUAAAUACCCAUACGUACAGUACAGUAUAGUACAGUACAGUAAGUAGUAUACUAUAGUUGAUAUUCAUUAUACAUUAUGAUAUGAAAUUAUAACUAAAAUUAAUAAGUGUCAGAUUUGAUCCAAAAAGUACAUUAUCCACAUAGAAAAUACACAGCAUUCAAUUCAAUGUUAUAAUUCAUUGAAGUAAUAUUUGUGGAAUGAAAGCAAGGGUAAUGGUAUGUUUCUACCUAUGUAAUUUCUUAUCCAUGUUCAUUAUUUUUGCUUAGUAUUUUGUAACAGUUUUUUCAAAAACCAUGUCCUGAGUUCAGUUCGACAGUACAUAUAUACUUUGUGAAUUAAAGCACAACUCUGAUUGGUCAAUGUUUCUUCAGGUUGUAUCAUCCGUAAAAAAAUGAUAACUUGAGUUUUGUACGAUUUGUUUGAUUUUUUUCAUAAAGUUUAUAAAUAUGUUUGUUUCUCAUUUUGCCAAACCAGUGAAAUUUUUUUAGAUCCAUCUAGCUAUAGCUAUAUAUGCAUGCCGUGUUGUAAACUGAUGAGAAGAUUUGGAAUAAUGAUUGACAAAUCUAUGUAAAAAUAGUAAUACUCUAUUAUAUACAACCUUUAAUAUGUUAAUAUGUAUGUAACCACAGAAGUGUUAGCAAUACAAGGUAAACAGUAUAAUAUGUAAAUAUAAA